CGCGGCCGCGCCAGCAUGGAGGCACCCGGCGGCAGCGGCGGCGGCGACCCCAGCGGCGACGGGGCAGGGGACGGUGCCCACCCGGAUCCCCGGACCCCCGGCGCCUCUGCGCCCAGCUCCGGCCCGUGCGCGGCCGCCCGGGAGUCGGAGCGCCAGCUGCGCCUCCGCCUCUGCGUGCUCAACGAGAUCCUGGGCACGGAGAGGGACUACGUGGGCACCUUGCGCUUCUUGCAGUCGGCGUUCCUGCAUCGCAUCCGGCAGAACGUGGCGGACUCCGUGGAGAAGGGCCUCACGGAGGACAACGUCAAGAUCCUGUUCUCCAACAUCGAAGACAUCCUGGAAGUUCAUAAGGAUUUCUUGGCUGCCUUGGAGUACUGUUUACACCCGGAGCCUCAGUCUCAGCACGAACUUGGGAACGUUUUCUUGAGAUUUAAGGACAAGUUCUGCGUGUACGAGGAAUAUUGCAGCAACCACGAGAAGGCCCUGAGGCUGCUGGUGGAGCUGAACAAGAUCCCCACCGUGCGCGCCUUUCUGUUGAGCUGCAUGCUUCUGGGAGGCCGGAAGACCACGGACAUCCCUUUGGAGGGCUACCUGUUGUCUCCAAUUCAGAGGAUCUGCAAGUACCCGCUCCUCCUUAAGGAGCUGGCCAAGAGGACGCCCGGCAAACACCCGGACCACCACGCGGUCCAGAGCGCCCUGCAGGCCAUGAAGACCGUUUGCUCCAACAUCAACGAGACCAAGAGGCAGAUGGAGAAGCUGGAAGCCCUGGAGCAGCUGCAGUCGCACAUGGAAGGCUGGGAGGGCUCCAACCUCACCGACAUCUGCACCCAGCUCCUCCUGCAAGGGACGUUGUUAAAAAUCUCGGCAGGCAACAUCCAGGAGAGGGCCUUCUUCCUCUUCGACAACCUCCUGGUCUACUGCAAGCGGAAAUCCAGGGUCACCGGGAGCAAGAAGUCCACCAAGAGGACCAAAUCCAUCAACGGCUCCCUCUAUAUCUUCCGGGGUCGGAUCAACACCGAAGUCAUGGAGGUGGAGAACGUGGAAGACGGGACAGCGGAUUACCACAGCAACGGCUACACCGUCACCAACGGCUGGAAGAUCCACAACACGGCCAAGAACAAGUGGUUUGUCUGCAUGGCCAAGACGGCGGAGGAGAAGCAGAAGUGGCUGGACGCCAUCAUCCGCGAGCGGGAGCAGCGUGAGAGCCUGAAGCUGGGCAUGGAGCGCGACGCCUACGUCAUGAUUGCGGAGAAGGGGGAGAAGCUCUACCACAUGAUGAUGAACAAGAAGGUGAACCUGAUCAAGGACCGCCGGCGAAAGCUGAGCACCGUCCCCAAGUGCUUCCUCGGCAAUGAGUUCGUUGCCUGGCUUCUGGAAAUUGGCGAAAUCAGCAAGAUGGAAGAAGGAGUCAACUUGGGCCAAGCCCUGCUGGAGAAUGGUAUUAUCCACCACGUUUCUGACAAGCACCAGUUCAAGAACGAGCAGGUGAUGUAUCGCUUCCGCUACGACGAUGGCACCUUCAAGGCGCGGAGUGAGCUGGAGGAUAUCAUGUCCAAGGGGGUGAGGCUUUACUGCCGUCUCCACAGCCUCUACACCCCCGUGAUCAAGGACCGCGACUACCACCUGAAGACAUACAAGUCGGUGCUGCCCGGGAGCAAGCUGGUGGACUGGCUGCUGGCCCAGGGAGACUGCCAGACUCGGGAGGAGGCCGUGGCGCUCGGCGUGGGCCUGUGCAACAAUGGCUUCAUGCACCACGUGCUGGAGAAGAGCGAGUUCAAGGACGAGUCCCAGUACUUCCGCUUCCACGCGGACGAGGAGAUGGAGGGAACCAGCAGCAAGAACAAACAGCUUCGCAACGACUUCAAGCUGGUGGAGAACAUUCUGGCCAAGCGGCUGCUGAUCCUGCCGCAGGAGGAAGACUACGGCUUCGACAUCGAGGAGAAGAACAAGGCCGUGGUGGUCAAGUCGGUCCAGCGGGGCUCGCUGGCUGAGGUGAGGCCCGAGGGCAGACUCGCGGGCCGGCACCAUCCAGGAUCUGCUGGUGCCCCGGUGCAGGCGGGGGUGGGCGUGUCUCUCACAUUCCUCGAGGCGGGAGGCCCCGGCAGAUCCUGGGGUGACAGCUGGCUCCUCUUGUGGCCCAUGUGGGGAAACCGAGUCAGGACCCCCUUGUCUGCGGUGGCCGGGUAAGCGGGAGCGAGAGCG